CCCAACUUGAUCUGACGUGUUGCUUAGAAGGCUAAAACGUUCUGAGCAUGCGUAGAAUGGUUCCUUGUUGAGUUGUGACACGAAGAGGAAGAUGAGGGCUCUCUAUGUAUUUGCUAUGCUGGCCUUGCUUGGCUUGGGGACAGGAGAGGAGGGCGCUCGUCUGUUGGCCUCAAAGUCGCUGUUGAACCGGUAUGCUGUGGAGGGUCGUGACCUCACACUCCAGUACAACAUCUACAACGUCGGAACCAGCGCUGGCCUGGAAGUUGAGCUGUCGGAUGACUCCUUUCCCCCUGAGGACUUUGGCAUUGUCUCUGGAAUGCUGAAUGUGAAAUGGGACAGGAUUGCUCCAGCCAGCAAUGUCUCUCACACAGUGGUGUUGCGCCCCCUGAAGGCCGGAUACUUCAACUUCACCUCUGCCUCUGUCAGCUAUCUGGCUCAGGAGGGAGGCCAAGUUGUGGUUGGCUACACAAGCGCUCCUGGCCAGGGUGGAAUCUUGGCUCAGAGAGAAUUUGACAGGCGUUUCUCCCCCCACUAUCUGGACUGGGCAGCGUUCGGUGUGAUGACCCUCCCCUCCAUUGGCAUCCCCCUGCUCCUCUGGUACUCCAGCAAAAGAAAGUAUGACUCGCCAAAGACCAAGAAGAACUGAGGGCUCCUCACCGGUGAUUCAGGACUAGGGAGCGGGGAUUAAAGGAGUUGACCAUAAACUCAGGUGGGGAGGGGCAUUAAGGGGGGGGGAAUGGUGAAAGGAGAUGUAAUUUUUUUUUGUUUGUCAUUUUUAUUUUAUAUAUCCUAAUUACCCAUAUUGGGGUAAAAGAAUACACAAACAUGGUAGUGAUCAAGACUACAACCACAAUGUAAUAAAUGUGUUACAGACUGCCUUUGUUUUGUUUUUAUUUUGUAAUUUGUUUUAAACCCUAAAGGUAAUUCCUAAGGAAAAUGUGGAUUCCCAGUUUUGUCUGGCUGGAAUGUGUCUUGUUAAAAAUAAACAAGCUGGGUUUUUAA